AUGCAUGCCAUAAGCAACACCACUCGAGGCGCCAGUGUGAUUGAAGUGUCAGUUCUUCCAGAAUCGUUCCAGACUCAAGUUCAAGUUUUGGUGUUCCCAAAUUAUUGGAUUGUGGAAAAGCGGCCGCCAAGUUCAUCGAUAUCGUAUAGCGGGGCAGUGAACGACGAUGUCCGGUCACCUGGUUCCGGAAGUACGCCUGGACCUCUAUCAGCACAACCUCCUCCCGGCCUUGACACGCCUGAUCCUGACGGUCGAUGGUGUUCGAGGCGAGAUUGGUCAUCACCUCCAGAUUCUCGAGUAGAUGCAAAUAGGCGGGUACUAUAUUCCUCAGUCUUCCUUGGUAGUCCUGUUGCUGUUGACUUUACAUCGACAAGUAUACAGGGUGAUGCGAGUAAUACGAGUAUCGGCAGUGGAGAAGGAACGGGGGAGGAGGAUGAUGAUUCCAAUGGUAAAAAGAACCAGAAGAAGCGUGGUAUAUUUCCUAAGGUGGCAACAAAUAUUCUAAGAGCGUGGCUGUUCCAGCAUUUAACGCACCCCUACCCUUCUGAAGACCAGAAAAAGCAGUUAGCGCAGGAUACAGGUUUAACGAUAUUACAAGUUAAUAACUGGUUUAUCAAUGCGAGGCGGAGAAUUGUGCAGCCAAUGAUAGACCAGUCAAACAGAGCAGUAUACACCCACCCAGGACCAUCAGCCGGCUAUCCGGAUGCGAUGAGCUACAUGAUGGACGGUCAAGCGCAGAUGAUGCACCGACCACCGGGCGACCCAACGUUUCAUCAAGGAUACCAUUAUCCACCAGCGGAGUAUUAUCCUCACCAUUUGUAAUUAAUAGCAGCUAUUUAAGUGUUUACUUUAGUUAAUUGUGUAAAGAAAACUAUCUCGCACACAUCACAUACGAUUAAAUAAGCAAAGGAAACCCAGGGGCGAACGCUUCCCAGUGAACAUUAUUACUCUAUUUAUACAAUGACAAUGUGGCCAUCUAGAAGAACCAAAAAGCAAGGCAACAGACACGCAAAUAAUGUUGUUCAACAGUAGUUCAAUAUCAUCAUCUUCAAAUCAACACAAGAAACCAACAAAAUAGAGAAGUGCAACAUCUUCGGCGUCUGGGAAAGGAAUGUUAUAAGGGAAAUCGUACCCAUUUCACCUACCACCUCCCCUGACACAUACCGAGGAUCAGCGAAUCACAUCACGGAUCAUAAUUUAACUUACCUAGAAUUUCAGCUAUCCAGUGAAUACUAAGUGACUAUUUAUUUUGUGGGCUUUGAUGCGACCGAAUGCUUUCAAAGCAUUUUUUCGUCUCAAAAUAUUUUUUAUUAUUUUGUAUACUUACAAUAUCAACCAAACACUUAUCAUAGUACCAUACCGAAUAUUUAUUUGUUAUGUUUAUGUAAAUAUUUCAUAAUAAGUCAAAACAUAGAACACAUUAUGUAAUGCUUCGCAACAUUAACAGAACAAUUAUUUAUAAAACAGAGAAAUAUGGCUCGAUCGGCGACAUUGUAAUUAUCAAUUUUAGAACUGCAGAUAGUGCAAUCGCUGAAAACGAGAUCAAAAUACCAACACUUACAUCACACACAUAAAAAGAUACAUGAACUUCACAAUAAACAUUUUCAUUAUAAUAGUUCAAGCCAAUUUUUUAUCAUUCGGUAUAUAAAAGUGGAACACAAUAUAUGUAGUAAUGUGUAUGUGUGAGGGGACCCAGGAAGCCACCAAUGAAAAAAUAAUUGUUUGGUAUAACCGACACUGACUGAAAAGAUAGAGAGUAAGAGAUUCAUUGAAAUAUGAACUUCUCAUACAAGUAAAAAAUACAAAUAAUAAUACAUAGUGAGUCUGUUUAAAAUCGUGUACACAUUAAUGAGCAUCAAACGCAUUCACGCCACCAUCGAAAUGAGGCAAAAUUAGAUGAUUCACAUCAUAAGGAUUGCUUUCUGUUUGUAACUUCUACGAUUAUCUUGUUUUUAUCCACAAGUGUUAACUCAAUCUUGCAAGGGUGAAGCUUGGCUGUCAAAUGCGAAUAAAAACGAAAAGCUGACCAGCAAAUUAUAUAACCAGUUUGAAGGCGUAACUCGGAAGGUAAAAAUUAUUAUUCGCAAAAU